CAGCCAAUGAUGGCCACACACGAGUGCACGGCUCGCAGAGCGAACGAUCCUUUGCCUGGCUUCCAUGGCGCCCUCUGCUGCUCCCAUCUACGCCGGCUGGGCGCCACCGGCUGCGGCGACCAUGCUAGCCGCCACGAAUCUCUCGCCCCGCCUGCGACAGCUGCCCACCAGCCCGGCUCGUGCAAACGUAUCGCUCUGCCCGCAGCACCAUGGUAAUGGUCGCCGGGCGCGCAACGCCGACCUCCGCUGCCGCCGCCGGCUCCUCACGGCGCGAGGCGAGCGCCCCGACGAUGACGACGACGAGGAUGACCAAGACCCGUCGGCGACUGGUGGUGGGUUCGACUACGCGGUGGCGCUGUUCAACCGCGGCGAGUUCCACGCGUGCCACGACGUGGUGGAGGAGCUCUGGUACGGCGCCGAGGACCCCGCGCGGACGCUCCUCCACGCCAUCCUACAGUGCGCCGUCGGAUUCCACCACCUCUUCAACCAGAACCACCGCGGCGCCAUGAUGGAGCUCGGUGAGGGCCUCUGCAAGCUCCGCAAGCUCAACCUCGGCGGCGGCGACGACGACGACCCAUUCUCCCGCUUCCGGGACGACGUCGCCGCCGUCCUGCAAUUUCUCUACCGCACCCAAAAGGAGCUCGCCGCGUGCACCGAUGACCUCUGCUUGACCAUGGACGGCUCGCCGAGCUCGUACCAACUGCUCGGCAACUUCGCCGCCGGCCAGCAGCUCUACCGGUUGCAAGCUGAUGAUACACACGAGGACGGCGCUUCCACCAUCGUCUUCUCUGUACCUGAUCAUCCCGCCUCACGAGCAGUUCCGUCCUGCAGGGUGAAGCUUCCGACAUUACAUGCCACGGAGCAAAAUCUGACAGAGCUUCAACGUGCAUACCAAUAUAUCUAGCCUAGCCCAUCAUUGUUACGUUUUUCGGCUGAGGUCCAGUCGAGAGUGGCUGAACCAUUUAUGUCAUUUUCAGUGAGGUUUAAUGGGCAAUAAAUAAGCUGCCAUGUAGCUAAUUUUGUGACAUGGUAUAUUAUUUAUGAAGUGAGAAGAAACUAGUUUCAUGAGGGAUGAAACCAUCUUUACAAUAUUUCCAACACAUUUUGUGUAAAAUCUUAGAAACAACAAAAGAUGAAAUAAUACAUCGUGCGACCUAUUUCAUC